AUAAAUAAUGAGAAGUAUAAGAGCUUAUAUCAUCUUAUCGAGUCUAUAUACUCUGAAAACCCACUACACCCAAAAGAAAAAGAAAAAGAACCCAUUAGCCAUGGCUAGCAAUUCCACAGAAUUGAGCAAAACCCAUCAAAUAAGAUCAUUGAGUCUACCCUCAAAGUUGAAUCCCAUCAACCAAAGAAUAGAAACAGAGUUGAAGAAGCUCAGAAUCAAGGAAGAAUCCUCAAAUUCAACCUCAGAAAGGAUCACAAUUGGUGUUCAUGGUCUAGCACAACUUUAUAGAUGUAUCAAUCAAGCCCUGAGUCUUCCAUUGACUCAACAAGCUCUCUCACUGCACAAGCAUGAGAAGCAUAUGGGUGCAUUGCUGAAGACAUCCUCGAGCCUUCUGAAUGUCUGCAGCUCGAUCAGGGAGAUCGUGCAUCUACAAGAAUCAGUCACCAAAGUGCUCAAAUCCUCGAUUUUUGACAGCAAAGAAAACUUUGACAUUGUUAGUUAUAUCGUUUCGAGAAAGAAGGUAAUUAGGAGAGCCAAAGACGCGAUUUUGGCCUUAAAUCAACUCAAUGCCGAAAUUCUUGGAGACGAGGAUUCGAAUUCCCAUCUACAAACAAUGAUUAAAUCAGUUAGAUGCAUUAACAUUAUUAACUUAUCAGUCAUUGAAUCAUCCUUGGUUUUUCUGUCAACGCCUGUGUCUAAGGCUAAAAGAUCAUUGAUUUCUAAGCUGCUGAAUAAGGGAGAUCAAAAGAGUGGUAAUGAAAUAAAUGAUGUUGAUAAUGUUCUUCACGAUUUGGUCUUAAGGAAAGAUUUAAGUCAUGAUAGGUUGUGUUUUUCAUUAACAAAAUUAAAGGCAUUGUUAGAUGUCAUGAAGGAUAUUGCAAAUGGGCUAGAAUAUAUGUGUAGGGAGCUAUCUGAAACAAAAGUCUGUUUGAUGAAUAUAAUGUCUUUCUAGUUUAGGAAUUUUAAAUCUUUUGUACACUAUACCCUCUUAUCAUAUAGAAGUAUGUAUAAACUUCGUAGACAUGUACUUUUUGAAGCUACUUGUACGUGCUCACCUUUUUACUAGUUGUUGGGAUACGGGCUACUUUUCAGUUGUCACGUGCUGACUCUAUUUUGUGUAUUGUUGUGAAUGAGCUAUGACAAUGGUGAAGAAACAAUAAAAAAACAAGUGCAAAGAUAAACAACCAAAACAGAGCACAACAAUGGAGAAGACAAAACACACAAUCUAUGAGGUAUCUAUGGAAACCUCCCCUCAAAACAAGUAUCUUAUCAUUAAUAUACUCAACAAUACAUUAAUGACUCACCUUACAAGCUUCAAGACCAAUCUCCCAAAGUAAAGACCUCACCUUUAAUGGUGAUCUCUCACAAAUUACUAAUACAAUGAAGAACUCUCUUGGAUAAACCCUAGUUGCUUCUAGCGUAUUAGCUUCACUCACAUUACCCUAAUGAUGCUCUAAGACUUCUUACUAAUGUCAUACAACACAUUAGGGAACCCUAGAACCAAUGGCUUAAAAGCCUAAACAUUUCCGCAGCAAAACAGAAUCGCAUACUGUCGAGGACCUGUAUGCCGCUUGACCCGAGCAGCCUUGCUCGACCAGUCGAGCAGGACUUCAGAUACCACUGUUUUGUAGCUGCUGCUUGGCUCGAUCGAGCCAUGGUGCUGGACCUGUCGAGCAGCCUUCACAGUCUCCCAAUCUUCGUGCUUUCCCAUCAUUGAGACACUCUAAACCAUCCUCAUCAAUCACUUCAUUGAUUGAUCCAAACCUUUGCACUCCAUAUCCCAUGGCACACCCCACACCACUCUCAAGUGUGCAAGACAUGGCAUGAGCUACAAGGUGCUCAAAGUCAUCAUCAAUAAGGUGGGAAUUGGCUCUUGAUUCAACAUGUAUAAAUCAUGAAUUUAGAAGUAGACAUGCCAAGUCCAAAGUAAGAGCAUCAUGGUGAUGAAAAUGAUCAUGU